UCGAAAAAUGUCUGCGUCGGCAUGAUGCAAAGUGCGUAUUCAAGCAGUAAGGUUCAUUGUGUUUGCAAGCCACGCCAAGCCCGAAUCGAAAAAGUGAAAAUUCCAGUGAAGUGAAAACAGUGGAUGAUUUGAUUGGUUUUGCCGGGAAAUAAUUGAUUAAACUAUGAAGCGGGAUAUCGAUGACAGCCAAGACAACGACCAGCUCGAUGAUGAAAGUAAUGAUAAUUCUGAUAAAAAACCACAGAACAAACGUUCUCGCAACGAUGAGGAAGAGGUUCGCUUGCUAAUUCCCAGCAAGAUGGCUGGAGCUAUUAUUGGCAAAGGUGGACAUAACAUCCAAAGGCUGCGGACCGAGUACCAAGCCCAAGUGAAUGUAGGCGAUUGUACAGGCCCAGAACGUGUCAUCACCAUCGGCGGGGACAUGGAGACAGUCACCAAGGUGGUUAAGGAUGUCAUGAAACACUUGGACAAGGCUGGAGACAACGAAUACGAACUUAGAGUGUUAGUUCAUCAAAGCCUUGCUGGUUGCGUCAUUGGUCGCGGUGGUACUAAAAUCAAGGAACUCAAAGAUGACAUCGGCUGCCGCUUGAAGAUUUUUUCUAACAUCGCUCCACAAAGCACAGACCGUAUCGCUCAGGCUGUAGGCAGCGAAGAACAAUGCCUGCGAGCUUUGAAUGAAAUAAUCAAUUUAAUCAAGGGAACCCCGAUCAAAGGGCCAGUCCACAACUACGAUCCACAUAACUAUGACGAUAUGUAUGCUGAUGAAUACGGUGGCUAUGGAGUCGGAGGUGGUGGCGGAGGUGGAAGCGGUUUUCGUAAUGGUCGAGGAGGAGGAGGUGACGGAGGAUUCGAUCGGCGAGACCGUUUCGAUGAUCGACGUGGUGGUGGUGGCGGCGGCGGCGGUGGUGGGGGUCGUGGCUACGAUCGAGGAAACGAUCGUGGAGGGAAUCGCGGUGGUGGAGGUGGCAUGAGAGAUCGCGAGUUUAUCAAUCCAUGGGCGCAAAACGUAAAUGGUAAUCAAAUGGGCGGUGGCAAUUUUGGUGGAGGUAAUGGCUUAGGAAUGGGCAGUUUGGGCGGAAUGAAUCUUGGAGGAGGAGGCGGAAAUUUAGGAGGAUUGGGAAAUAUGAGCAGUUUAGCCAAUGGAAACAUGGGUGGGUUUGGUGGAAACAACGGCAACAUGGACAACAAAACCUCUACUCAAGUUACCAUUCCCAAAGAUUUGGCCGGUGCAAUUAUCGGCAAAGGCGGCGGUCGUAUUCGACGCAUUCGAAACGAGUCGAAUGCUUUUAUUCAGAUUGACGAGGCCUUGCCAGGCUCGACGGACCGUAUCAUCACCAUUACUGGAACACCGAAGGAGAUUCAAGCAGCCCAGUAUAUGUUACAGCAAAGUGUACGUGAAAAUCUGGCUGGUGGCGGAGGCGGAGGUGGAUUCAAUCGAAACUAAAUGCAUUUAAAUCAGCGCAUCUUGCACCAUACAAACAGAAGCUUCAGCUCUUCUAGAUGAAUAUGUUUGGCGCAUGCGAACAUUUAACCAACAAGAAGCCAACGGCUACAAAGCAUAAUGAGAAGAAAAAAAUGUAACUGUAACUGUAGAAUAACUCUAUUUUACGUCAAAUGUCAUUUAGUUUAUUUUGUCACAUUUCAAACCGUAGCAAUAGCAGUCAUAAAAUAACUUUUUUUCAACUAGGUAUUCCAAACUAACUGAGCAUUAUCGCGGAAACAAUUCUCAAACAUUUUAUCGUUCGGAUUACUUUUGUAUAUUUGGCAUUAUGGAAUCUAUUUUUUUUUAAUAUUUACAGUGCAUAUACUGAUGAGACUAUAGAAUGAAACAACUUUUAUAUGAAUAUUCAAUCUAUGUUCCAGAGAAAUCGUAGCUCUUAAUGGAUGCCUGUAAUAGACUCCAAAUGGCCAGUCACUCUUCAUAUGUAUAUUUUACAUACAUUUUUCGUAUUUCCCGGAAACAAAACGAAAAGUUAUGUCUUGUAGUGUUGUCCAAUUGUCCAGUACAAAACGUAACAAAACAUUAUUCUUCAACCUAUUGAAUAAAGUAUUUACCAAGAAACCAACCAGCACCAAAACGAAUGAAAUUUGAAAGCUAGUUCGAUAUUCGAAUGCGUUUUUCUUUUUCAUUUCUACAAUCAAUAGGCAAUGAACUAUCAAGUUUGAAAAAGUAGUUGCGGUAUUGAGAUGAGUACAGUCUCAAGUAUAUCUUUAAGUUAUGUUUUUUGAGUUCAAUAAAGUAUAAUAAGACAGA